AUGGUGGUGCAAUACGGCUCGGAGGAUGGGAAGCUGGUGCGGGAGGGGAAAGAUGAGCACAGGCAUGGGGAGGAUGUGCGUGGAGAGAUCCGAAGCAUUGCCUCCCAACCGCAGCGGGCAGCCGCUGCCUUGGUGGAGUGGUCCAUCGCUCAUCCUGACGGUAACCUUCCUGCACGGCAACAAAUCCAGACUCGCAAGCAGUACACGCGGUCUGCGCGAGUGGAAGACAAAAUCGUGGAGGUUCUUGGCUACGUGCAGUCAGUGAAGGAGAGGGGAGCCACGGAACCCUGGCAUUGUCGGGUGCUCGAGGUGGACGAAAGUGCCGGUAUUUUUUGCUAUACAACGGACUUUUAUGUCAGCCUCCUGGUGGAGCACUGGGAGACAUUGAUGGAGCAUGGGUUGCGAUUGGCGUGCGAUGGUACCCACGACAUCUCCAACAGCCGCAUCAAACUGAUUGCUGUUGGUUGGUUGGCGCAGCAUGUCCCCCGUCAGAGCAUCGAAACCACAUUUGUGCUGCUUGGUUUCGCGUUGGCACCCAGCGAAAACCACGUGGCGGUUCGAUUGCUCCUUGACAGCCUAGAUGCACAUGUGCGUGAGCAUCUAGGCGAUGGCUUGCGGAAAGCAUCAGUCGCUCACAUUGAUGGUGGCCCUGCUUUGGUUAAGGCCUUUGUGGAUUUUUUUGGCCAAGAUUUCCAGUUGGUCCGAAGCCUCGAGCAUGUCAAACGCAACAUCCGGGAGCAGGGUGUGAAAAAGCUGACGCAGAGCUCUUGGUGGACCUCUACCAAAAGAUGGGUAUCGAAAAGCGCCUUCAUUCGCAAUAACUAUGUCUUUGAUCGGUACUGGCACCACUGCUUCCAACUCCUCGAGAACGCCGGUGAGGCGAAUUUCGUCGCGUACUUGCAGACGGAGCACUUCCAGAAGGAUGCAGGUGUAUGGACGGCCGCCUGGCGUGCAGCAAUCCUCGACCCAGGCUAUGGUUCCUACUCCUUGAAUGCAGUGGACUCCUUUUGGAAGUUGCUGGAUCAAUAUGUCCCCGAGGAGAAAACUUUGCCGUUGAGGCAGGUUAUGGAGCGUUAUGAACACACAGGCCGGGUUUUCCAAAAUGACGGGAAGUGGAGUGCCUUGUCUGUUGAACCAUCGACGCUGGUGACCGCCGCGAUGGUUGGGGAAGCAUCAGCCGAGUUGAGCCCCCGCUUGGAUUGGAAGGAUGACAAACAAGUGGGUCGUAUGAGCAGCAAGACGUUGGAACGAAUGUUGGGGCAGGAAGCCACCUUGAUGUUGGAGUUCAACACCGGGCAGGAAAAUGCCACGAAGGUGUUUUGCAAGUAUGGCCCGUCGGACUACAAUGCCGUGGAAAUGGAAGCUUUGUUCGAACUGGAGCGUUCGACAUCUUCAGCAACAGUGGACGCUGCGCUGCAGAAGAUUGGUGCCUUGGACGCUGAUGGCUUCCACCCGCGCCGGGUCAGUGCCACCUACGAGAAAUUCACAGCAUUGUAUGAAGAGGAGGGCCAACUAUUGGAGUCACACCGGGAUUUCUGGCAACGUGGUGUGACAGAGCAUUAA